AUGCCACAAGACAAGGACAAACAGUCGCGGACGCCAAAGCGGCGCUCCAAGGCGGAUGUCGAUAGUGAAAUCGAGUUUUCUUCUCCCACGAAGCGAUCCAAGCUGCGCCGCAAACGCACGAGUGAGAAAAAGGCGAAGCAUAGUGACGACGAGGCUCGUCCAGCGACGCCAGACACGCCAUGGACGCCACCCCGCUCAUUUUCGCCUAGCAAGGUAGUGACGCCGACGACGCCGGCGACGCCGGCGACGCUGCCUCGCUCACCCACACCGCCUCCUACGUUCAUGCGGCCUGUGAGUGUGCAGCCUUCACCUGCGCCUUCUUCACUCUCGCCGUUCCGGUCAUCUGCGGCACCGAAAUUCUCCGAGACCAUCAUACCCACGCCGUCCAAGGCUUCACGUUCGGACGAUAUACCCGCGGCAUCCAUGCCGACAAGCACCCCUUCGCCUACGCCUCUUGAAGAACCGGACGAUUUGCGCCUGGAGCAACAGAUAGCGCGACGGGCUCGUGUGGCUCGCAAACUGAGCCAAUAUGCCCCUGUACUCCGUACGCUCCUUCUUCUUGGUGCUCUGCUUUUGCUUGUGCUGCUGCCGAUUGCCAAAGAGCCCUUCUCACGGGCUGUGUAUGUCGACGAGAAUGCACUGCAGCCCGGCCAGACGUCCACGUCAUGGAGUAUGGACGAUGUCCAUGAAGCCGAUCGCUUCUCUGCCGACUUGCUGGCCCUGGCUGAGCGCAAUGUGACAGAGCGGUACGAGUACAUUGCCGCUCAGCUUCGCGCCUUUGGACUCGAUGUGUAUACACAGUCCUAUUCGUUCCACGUACCUGGCUCAGCGCCGAUUCAAGGUACCAAUAUCUAUGCACGUGCACGAACGCCUCGCAUUGACGGACGUGAGGCCAUUGUGCUGGGCGCUAGCUGGCAAAGCCGUUGGCGUGCGUCGCCCACGGCUUCGAAAGUCUUACCGUACGUCCCAAACGACGGCACGGAUUGUGCUCUGAACAUUCGCGGCGUAUCUUUGACGUUGGCCAUGGCCCAGCAUGUGUCACGCAUUCCUUACUGGAGUAAAGAUGUGGUAUUCGUGCUGUCGGACAGCUACUUGGACGGCAUGCAGGCGUGGGCCUCAGCAUGGUUUGGACAAAUGCAUCCACAUCUCCACGCUGAGCCCGUCUAUGGUGCUGGCUCGCAGAUCUGGAAUGCACUGAUGCUGGACUAUCCCGGCGACUCCUACUCGUCGAUCUCGUAUCUCCAUGAGGGCCGCGAUGGUCAGCUGCCCAAUCUCGACACUCUUAAUGCGAUUACGGAGAUCCUGCGUUUGUCGCAUAUGCAACCAGCCUUGGGCUUGCAUGGCUCGACGCACGAGCAAGUGCUUCAGACACCACACGCUUCCGCAUUCCCCUCAUGGCUACCCAUGUCCUGGCUGGAGACCACAUUGCUUGGCCGCGAUGGCGUGCAUUGGUACUUGGCCGGCUGGCGUGCGUUGCUGACACAGUUCCGCUUGCUCCUUGCUGGCCAUCCCAGUGGUAUUCACGGCGUCCUUCUGCCUUUCCAUGUGGACGCUGUCACUCUCUUUGCCGAGCCCGCCUCGGGCCCGUACGGUUUCCAGCAUCUGGGUCACGUCACAGAGUCGGCGCUGCGUACGUUUUCCAACUUGUUAGAACGACUGCAUCAUUCGCAGUUCUUUUACCUGCUUCCCACGCCGUAUCGCUUCGUACCUAUCGGCGUGUUCCUGUUUGUGCCGCUCUUGCUUGCUGCUGUCCUAACGCUUCGGGGCCUGUCGUUAUGGAAUGCCUUGGGCCGAGCGCGUGAUGCCCAGCGCACAGCAUGGCGCACGCAGCACACACCUGCCGAUGACGCGGGGGCCCUCUCGCUGCUGGCCCAGCCGACGUACGCUGAGUUUGCUGCGCUGUGCCAGGAUGAAAACGCACGCGCUCAGUUCCUGUCGUACAACCGCCCUGUCCUCUCAGCCCUGCUCGCCAUGGUGUUGAUGGUGGCAACCGGCCUAGCCGGCCUGGCCGUCCUGGUAUCCAUGACGCCGACGCCUCGGGCGUUUACGCAGCUCAUUGUGACGCUUACCUUGGUGCCUUUGGUCUGUGUGCAAAUGUGCCCACGUUCAUGGGCCAAGUCGUUGGCACAAUGCAUCCACGCCUUUGCCCUCCUGCACGCCGGAAUGCUGAUCAGUGUGCUAGCGACGUUGAACUUCGCGCAGGCUACUGCCAUGGCCUUGUGCUUGAGCCUGACACUCUAUCCGCUGUCCCCACCAACGUGCUCUUCUCGGGUUGGAUACAGACUCAUGACGUUGUGGCUGACCAUCGCUACGCCGCUGAGUCUUUGGGUUAUAGCCCUCGCUGUGCCGUCGACGUCGGCGAUGGCGCAGGCCUUGCUUUUGCAUGCUGUGCGGGAUUGGUACGUUGUACGUACCUCUACUCUCAGUGUGCUCUUUGUAGGAUACAUGCCGCUGGCAUGGCAGAGCGUGCUAGCCGCAGGUCUGUACGCUCGCGCUGCAUAG